AUGGAGGCAUCACCAACGGCAGAUCUUUGGCCACAGCGGGUAGACUCGAUGGCCAGCAUUUCUGUGUCUUCCGCCUCGUCAUCGAAAAGUAUGAGGACGUUGAGCGCGAAAUGGAUGCCGUCGUGGCUGUCAAGGAGUGCGGCUUCGACAGAUUCCAGCGUUUCCAGCAGAAGGCAUUCCUCUUCCACGACUAAAUCGUGUCUCUCGACCAGUACUGCUUCAUCAACUUCCACAAGAUCCUCCGCAUACUCCAACUCAUAUCAGCUGCAUGGCCCUUCACCACGUGGCUUAUCUGCCCACAAAGAGACUGCUGGCGCAUUUGACAGCGCAGCCAAUGCGACGCUUGCUCUGGCAUCGCUGGCCGAAGGCCCUCUCGAUCUCGACGAAGACAGCCACCUACAUGACACCGAGACAGGUAUACAAUCAGGUAUACAAUCUCACGGGAGACUCUCCACAGAUGUAAAUCCCCGCAGUAAGUCGAGAGCGACUUCGACAAGAUCAAAAGCAUUUUCGAAUCCGCGGCAUUCUCCCGCCGGCUUUGCAGAAGUGGAGAUGUUGUCGAGAGACUAUCAUGGAUACUGGCGAAGUUCGUUCACAGCCACCAUACCACCCGCUGCUGCGAUAUGCGGAACUAUGCUGCUGACGGCAAGGCUGCCCGCACAGCUUGGGAGCGCGAAGAUGACGUCUACCGAUCCUGAGCUUCGCCAGCAGGCCUGCUCAUUGCAGGACAGCUUUGACGAUGGUGCGUCUCCACAGGAAGCAAUGCAAGCAUUGCACGGAUACGGCAUAGAAGCAGUCGUUAUUGCAUUGCGGUCCAGCUUAGAUGCUGCGGAAUUGCCCAUAGUACCUGAACGUCCUGCAUGGGCCAUUUACGAGAAGAUUGCACAAGCGAAGAACUAUCCCGACAAGAUGCCUAUUUUGUGGAAUAAUGUUUCGAAAUUGUUGCACAGGAUACCGUCUGAACAGAUGGUUACAAUCAUGUUCUUGCUCUCGGUUGCACGGCGAUUGCAGAGUAGAGGUGUCGACAUCGAUGGUCGGUCGGCUGCAGUAUAUCUUCUCCAAAAAUUAUGGCCGCGCUACGUGAGCGAGGAAGCUUCCAAGCUGCUCAUGCUUCACUAUGACGAUAUGCCGCUUGACUUGCCUUUGGUUCUUGAGGCUGUGAACUAUCGGUUCAGUGGUCGACGAUGCAAUUUGCUUGCACUGGAUGCUAGCAGAUCAGACACUACUGCAUUGGUGGAGAGUGAUCAGCAAGGUAACCAGGAGACGUACUCAUCUUGA